AUAACAGCAAAGUUUUUUAAAAAGUGUCGUGAGGAAAAAGUUACCAUUAACUCUGGAUUUUCUGCGGUGGCAAAUGUUGCAUUAGUUGAUCUACUUCAGGAAAAUAAUAUAGUUCAUAAUUCCUAUAUAAUACAGAAUUUCCAUUUGGUCAACUUACGACGCUACUGGGAGAAAAAGAUUCCCGAUCUACUUGGCAUACAUAUAGGAUACCCUUUACUAUCAAGGUCAGAGGUCCCUGGAAAUCUUGGUAAUAAUUACUGGGAAUAUGCACGUUCUUUACAUGAACGCAUUUCAGAGGACCUAAGGGGGAAAAAAAUGGUUUUUUUCCAAGCCUUUCUAACUCUCCUCGGCAAUAAAAUCUCUGCAGCAGGACUACUGGAUGAUACCAAACCAUUUAUUGGUGACUUUCUCAUCUCCAACAUGGGAGAUGUAACUCCCCUUGCAUCUGAAGGAGGUGAAGAAGUCAGGAUUACCCACAUCACAAGGUCAAUAUCUAACCACAUGGUAAAUACAGUUCCUAUGUCUAUUGUCUGCCAUACAUUCCGGGGGAAAUUUACCAUGACAUUUGAUUAUAAUUCUGCUGUUAUAAGACAAGAUGUUAUUAUGAAAUUCUGCAACCAGAUAGUUAAACGUAUGCAAAAUGUGCUUUAGUAAGUUUGACUACCAAGGAAUAGAGUGGCCACCAUUAUUAUAAAUCAAUUUGGUGUAUAUGUUACGGCCAUUUUGCAAAAUUGGUCAUUUUACAAAAUUGCCGGCCAUUAUGCAAAAGGACCAAAUUCGUGGUCAUUUUGCAAAAUGAACUAAAUUUCUCAACAUUUUGCAAAAUGACCAAGAUUUUGGUCAGUUUACAAAAUUUUCGUUGGUCAGUUUACAAAAUGUCCAUACAGCAAGCAGCCAGAUGAAAAAAAAAGCGAGGGAAUGAUAAAACGUACUGAACAUAACUAAUUUUAUUCAUUUUCAGAAAAUACAGCUUUCAAAUGCAUCAAAACGUAUAAAGUUUUAGCAAGUAACUAGUUGAAUGCACACAAAGUACUACGUUGGUCGUCUUCUCCUGCCUUUCAGCAGUGCCUUACUGACAACAGUGUCACCAGUCAGCUCCCAUUACUAUUGUGGAGAGAGAGAUGGGGGGGUGGGAUAAUAAGUGAAUGAUCGACAAUUAUACAGUACAGUUACCCUUAGUGGAAAACGAGUAGAUGAACCAGUAAAUGAGCCAAUAUUAUAAGAGAUGAUUUGCAGAAGUGAAUGACAAGCUUUUUUUCCAUCUGGCUGCUUGCUAUAUGGAGAUUUUGUAAACUGACCGACAAUAAUGCUGUUUAUUUUGUAAAAUGACCAAAAUCUUGGUCGUUUUGCAAAAUGUUGAGAAAUUUAGGUCAUUUUGCAAAAUGACCACGAAUUUGGUCCUUUUGCAAAAUGGCCGGCAAUUUUGUAAAAUGACCAAUUUUGCAAAAUGGCCGUAACAUAUACAGUACAAGAUCUGUUAUCUGGUUAUCUGUGGGGGUUCCGUUCCUGGGGUUGUGCCGAUAAGUGAAAACCGCCAUUAACCGAAACUCAGUGAUUUAUGGCGCCAAUAACCAGUUUAUGGCACACCAUAAAGAACCCUUGUGGCACCAUACGGUGGCUUAUGGCGCCAAUAACUGGAACUUAUCCCAUUAUGGCGCCAUAAAUUACUGAUUUUAUAGUGUUAGACAAGUGCCAUAAAACCGGAUUGCCGAUAUAACCGGGGACUGCCUGUAUAUAUGUAUGUAUGUAUGUAUGUAUGUAUAUAU